AUGACAACCCCCGGUACAACUUCUCAAACCCACGACGGAGAUGACGCGCCGAGAGAGUCAUCCGGCGCACCACUAUCCCCAGCAAAACCCUCUGACUCGCUCUUCACGCGACUAUCGCGACCAACUGCUAGGCAAGCGCCCCACCCGAAUUUCUCCCCCCGCGUCACUCGAUCCGCUUCUUCCCACAAGAAGAACUCUCAGACCGCCGAGGAGAUCGCGAACGUACUACGAAGGCAGGACUUCGGCAAUAUGCCGCCGCCACCCGGGAAGGACCCGCCUCAUUCACGUGACGACGGCGAGUCGACUAUGGAAGGCGAUGAUGUCGGCAAUAUGACUGAUCAUGACACUCUCCUCUUUGCCGACGAUGAGGUUCUCAAUGGCCACAAACCCAACAAUUUCGGAAGCAGCGGCAAGACCAUGGAAUGGGUCAAUCAGAAGAUCAACCUCCGAUACACCCAGAUAAACAAGAAGGUCGACGACGGCUUCCGCGAUAUCAAGAACAGCAUCGUUUCCUUAACUCUCACGAUCAACACCACCUUGAUGGAUAAGGAUCCGGAGAGUAAGAUGGAAGCGAAGCCGCAAGGCGUGGUAAGCCGUAUCAUCGCCCUCGAAGCGGCUAAUCCCAGCUCGCGUUCACGCACCCACCCGUACGCAGGCCUCAAUGCCAACGACGUGCGUGCCGGGUACCGUGACAACCUUGACUCCGCCCGACAGAACCGACGCCCCCAGGAUCCUACCCCGGAGCCGUUGCACAGGGCAGAGGGCGGAGGCGCUUUUCCCGACGGAGGCGACUCCGACCACGGCGACAGCAAUCCCGACUAUCCACGCAACGAGCCCCCUCGUAACCCUCAGGCCCGAAUGACCGACAUUGGUGUCUUCGACCCCAGUCAUUCGGAUCCCGGCCACCUAGGCGUGAUCAAUGACGGUGAGAAUGCUGUUUACACCGACGUUGCUUGCUUCCGGGAGCGCGUCGAAACCUUCCUAGAAGACAAGACCACCUACCAGGAGGUAGCCCGGCAAAUUCUCUCUUAUUUCCAGCUAUUGCUUGCUGGUCCUGCUGCGCAGUGGUGGACAAGCGAAAUAUCGUCUGCUCAGCGCACCAUCAUGCGGAAUGCGGGCUUAUCGACGCUGCUUUCACACCUGGAAGUUCGUUUCGCUCCUGACGCAGCGGAAGCCACACGCCUUUUCAACGAGUCCUACCUCACUAUGAAGGACAUCGCCAAGGACGAACGGGCUCUUAGUGCUUUCGUGCAACGUAUGCUGCGGUGGUCACGCUCCAUGGGCACUUUGUCCAGGUGCAACACCAACUGGCACGGCGUUAUGGCCCAGAUAUGGAGCCGAAUGGACCUUUCAAUCAAGCAGUAUCUCAAGGCUCCGCCCACUAGCGGUUCUUCUCUUUCCGAUUAUUUGCAAUUGAUCGAGGAGUCUCGGUCCAUCCUACUUGCGGCCGUGUACGACCGCUACCCUCAGUACCAGAAGAAGUUUUCUGGCUCGCGCAACCACUCCUCCAAGGUUGAGGAAGUGUACAGCAAAUCUUCUUCAUCACGCCCCUCUACUGAGAAGUACUCCCCCUCAUACCGCUUAUCACACAAGGACAGGUCCCGUUACGAUGAUCGCAAGCGGCGUGGCGACCGUGGGCGGUACGACGACCGUAAACGGCAAGAUGAGCAGCGUAGCGAUAAACGCGAGGACCGCCGCGAGGACCGCCGCGAGGACCGCCGCGAGGACCAGCGGCACCAACACGGAAAACCCCGCGAAAACCAAGUCCGAGACAAGCGCGACGACCGGAAUCGCGACCACACCCGGCGGGACCGCCAUCGCGACCGCCAUCGCUCGGAUCACGCACAUUUGACCGACGGAGACUCCGAUAGCGGUACCACAGCCGAGCACUCAGACGUCAAGUCUGACGCGUCGACAGAUUUCUUCUCCUUCCGCGGCUCAGACGUUGCAUGUAUUGUCUUGGAGGCUGAUCUGACUUGCCACAAGUGCCAUAAGACCUUCCAGGGGCGACGUGAAAUUGGCGCCCAUGUCAAGAAUUGCCGUGGAACCGGCCCAACGAAGCCCGAGAGCAAUUACAUCCGCAACCAGGAGAACAUCACCCGCCGUACCUGCGGUCUUUGCAAUCACACGUUCGAGACGCGCAACGCGCUCUUCAAGCACAUCAAGGUCUGCAAGGACGUCAGGAAAGGUAUCACCCGCCCCCCGACUGCGACUCUGGCAACCUGCAAGGAAGUCUCCUGCACCCGCGCGAUUGGCAUGACGGACAGUCCCACCAACGGCAUCGCCGACGACACCAUCUACCUGGUGAAGGAUGCUCCCGAGCCGGUCAACACCGGUGACGCGGACAGCCCGUUGAGCUCUUACACUUUCCUGCGCAUUGCUGCCAAAGCCUCUCCUGAUGCAGAGACCGUUGAAGUUUGCGGUGAUCCCGGCGCCAGCCGUUCUUUGAUCGGCCGCCGCUUUAUACGCACUCUCAACCACGAGAUCGAGCGCCGUAGAGGCAAGGUGAAAGGCAUUGGCAAUGACCGUUUGCGCGUCAGCGAAUGGGCUACUUUCGAUAUCUUGGGUCACCGAUUCUCUUGGAACCAAGCCGACAGCCCAAUUGACAGCUCGUGGGGCCACGAGACCUUCAUCGCCGUCCCGCCCAGCCGCAGUGCCUACCAAAGAACCGACCGCGAUGCCGACCGCGCCUUUGUGGCAGAGCCCACAGCUCUGAACGAACCAGCCGUCAAAUCGCCCGGACACCUCAACGGCUUGCUCAAUUACAUGCGCGACCGCCCACUCGACCACUUGCGCGACUGCCUUACCAACAGCCCAGUCAAACGCAUGCGCAACAGCUCACCCGACCGCCCAGUGAACCUGCCGCACCUGCGGCCAUGUGUUCGCAUCGAGGAACCAGCUUUUCGACCAUCUUCGGACCCACGGCCGCAACAAGACGUCGAAUUCCCCGAGGACGGCGGCAGGUAA